UCUCGCUUGACACGUACCGCUUCCCAACCACACAAACUGUCCAGUCAUGUCUGUCGCCACAGCAGUCCAUCCCACCAGCCACACAAACGGUCUCACUCUCCCACCUCCAGACAGGUACCGUGGCGCGGUCGUAGAGGAUCUGCAACUACCACCAGCGUUUGCGCUUCCACAGGAUGAAGAUAUCUCCCGCGCCAUUGAAUCCGCCUUCGACCGAGACUUUUCUUACAUCCCAGUGCUGGACCGUAAACGCAAACCUCUGGGGUACAUCGAUGUCGGCGCACUCAAGAAGAAGUGGGAGGCGGGCGAGGCAUCUCCUUCAGACAAGGUCGCAUCAUUCAUGACCAAGUUCAAGCGCUCUGUUACAACGAAUCCAUACACAACCAUAACUCCCGAUACCCCCCUCACCGACCUCGAAGGCUUUCUCAAGCAGAACAUCUUUGCACUAGUGACAGACUAUGACCGGAAAUUCGUGCUUGCCGUCGCAACAUCGCACGACCUCGAGACCUUUGUCACCCGUCGUGGUAUCUGAUCCUAGAUCCUUGCGGUCGCAUCCUCAAUGUCCGAUUCAUUGUACGGCCGUUCACACGCAACUGUCGACCACCUUUCAUGCACGCCUCUCACUCCUACGGACUCAGACAGGCGCCGCCCAUUCUAGUACUACUCAACAGCGUUAUUAGCUACGUUUCGCUGCUGCCGACUUGGCGCUAGAUUCAUACGGUUCCACCCGUUUGUCUCAUCUAUCGCAUCUUGCGUUGUCUGUCGUUCAGGCCUUCAACGGCGCCGUCACCUAUAUCUAUUUCUUCAUCAUUUGUUUACUGUCAUAUUUAGAACAUCGUCGACAUCCAUUGGUUACAGGGAUUUGUGUAAUUAUUUGUGCUAUAGAUCAUCGCGUUCUCACUAGCAAGGCUACCAGUGCGAAUGGGUGACAAGUGUACCCGCGAAGUGUGCAGAGCCCUCACGUCUCUUGGGUUUUCUUGACUCGCCUUUGGAAUUUUCGGUAUCGGUUGUGUAUCUUUCGUGCAGAGACUCAUUUGAUCGCCAGGAAAUAGACGCUUGCCCGAAUGUGGCC